AUGCUAAAGCCUUACGAUCGUUGUAAGAAGCAUUCAGAUUGUUAUUGUGAUUAUUAUGAUAUUAAUCACAAAUAUGAUAAAUGUGAUUCAACAUGUGAACGAAAAAAUGCAUUUUGGGGUCGAGAUACUUUACUAAAAGAAAUUACUG